CUUUAAGGGGGAUGCACAGUGAGAAAACAUAGAUUUAGGUCAAAAAUAUCGAUAUUUUAAAAUUAAUUGAUUUUAAUAGUUUAAAAUGUCUAGAAUACGAAUUCCCUAUCAGAAUACUAAAAAAAAUACGUUUUAUACAUCAAUUUUGUAUUUUAAAUGUAGAUAUAUAAGCAAAAUUUUGAUGUUUUGGUGAAAAAUCAACAUUUUGUAAGCUAUAGUUGAUAAGCUAAUGUACGCUCUCAUCCCUAACAGAUGGUAUCGAUACAAAGGUCUACUUUUCUAGUUCCGAUUAUGUGCAUGGUUUCUCAUUCUAUAAAUAAAUAGUACUGCAAUGAACUUUCAAAAUACGUCACUACCUCUUUUCUUCCCCUAUAUCCUCAUAUACACACCCACAAAGCCAUAUUUACGCAUGCGCACCAUCAAAGCUUCUAUAGUUACUGUAAUUACACGCAUGCGCACUGAAAAAGCUUCCGUAACUACAAAGUAUGCACGCAUGCGCACAUGACGUGAACCGGUCCUUCUUCUGUAAACUUCCAUCACAUCAACAAUCGAUUCAUUAUUGAAACUCAGAAAUGCCAACAAAAGGUUAUAUGUUUGGAAAGAAAAAACGUUACUGUAAGCCCAGAGGACGACAUGCUUCAAAGACAAAUGCACAAUUACAAAGCUCUGUUUUGGAUACAGCUGGAUCUGAAGCAGCAACAACACAGCCUGCAAGUGCAGCUGAGCGAAAAAUAUCCCUAACUGCAGUUACUAACGCUGAUAACACCAAUAAGAGGCUGCCUGAAGAUUUCAUAUACGUCAUGAUGAAUUCAAUGCAAUUGACCACAAUGGUCUCCUUGUUGUGCUGUCCACAUUGCUUUGACAACAAAUUAACUAUGUGCAUCACACAAUCAAAAGGCAUGGCUCAUUUGAUUAAAAUCAAAUGCCUAAAUUGUGAAACAUAUUUGUGGUCCGACUGGACCUCAAAAAAAAGUAAUGAUGUUCAUCUGGAUAUUAAUGUCCGCGCUGUCGCUGCAUUAAAAGAAUCUGGAAUCUCGCAUUCUAAAUUUGAUAGGUUUUGUGGACUUAUGAGUAUGCCCUGCAUGCACAGAAAUACUUAUAACAAUCUAGCUAACAUAGUCAAUACCGCUAUAAUUGAAGCUGGUGAAGAAUGUAUGAUUAGGGCAUCUGCUGUUGUGCAUGGAAGAAACAUUUCACAACCUCUAACUACAGAUGAAAGAAUAAGUUCAACAGGCUGUCCUGUUAUUACAGUUUCUUUCGAUGGGACUUGGCAUAAAAGGGGCCACUCAUCUCAUUCAGGAAUUGGCACAGUUAUUGAUUUUGAUACUGGACUCGUCAUCGACACCGAAGUCCUAUCAAAUUAUUGCCAUGUUUGUGAUUGAAACUCUGCAGAACUAAACUUUGAUGCCUCUAAGCAUAUGUGUCAAAAAAACUUCAGUGGCUCAGCAAAUGCAAUGGAGGCCGCAGCAGCAUCCAAAAUCUUUUCGCGCUCUGUGGCAUCCAGAAAACUUGUUUAUGGCACGAUGCUGUGUGAUGGCGAUAGUAAAUCGCAUUCAUCUGCCAUUACCAACUCAGGAUAUGAUGUAGAAAUCUUAAAAGAGGACUGCAUUAACCACAUCUCAAAAAGAAUGUUUAAUGCUUUGAACAAUUUAAAAAUGUCUAACAAAAAAGAACUAAAUUAUAGGCUUACAAAGCCAAAAAUUGAAAAAAUUACAAAUUACUAUUCCAAAGCUCUGCGCCAAAAUGCUCCCGACAUUCAAAAAAUGAAGCUGGCUGUUAUGGGCUCAUUUUUUCAUAUGAUGAGCUCAGACCUAGAUCAUAACCACAGGUUGUGUCCUGAUGGCGCUACAUCUUGGUGUCACUUUAAGAGAUCAGAGGCACUAAAACAGCCAUAUAAAAAACACAACCAGACCAUCACAUCAGAAAUAGGUAAACUGUUAUUUCCUAUAAUGAAAAGACUAACAGACACAGAUCUGUUAAAAAGAUGUUCUAGAAUGGGAACACAAAACGCCAAUGAAUCUUUUCAUUCCCUCAUUUGGCAAAGAUGCCCCAAAACAGAAUUCGCAACAUUAAAAACGGUAAGGGCUGCGACAUACCUUGCUGUUUUAGCCUUCAAUAAUGGACCUGUUGGCAUCAGAUCAGUUUUUGACAUAUUAGGCAUUCCCUGGACACUAAAGAACAUUUCUUCUAGUGAGAAAAAGCAAAAUGUCAAACUACAGCUUGUUAGAAAAAGAAAAUCAAUCGCAUUAGUGUCCAGGAGAAAAAACUUGAAAAAACGAAGAAUUGAGCAUGAGCACCGGGCAGAGGUUCUAGAAGGUCCAACCUAUCAAUCAGGCCAUUUUAAUGAAUAGUUUUUUGUUUUUUUUAUUAUCUAUUAUGUUGUUUUAUGUAAAUAUUCCCUUUUUUUUCAUUUUUAUGGUUACAAUAAAUAUUUUAUAUCAUUUUAAAAACUUUAAA